CUUAAUUAUCAGAGUAAUGGUAGUCUGACAUCGAGAGAUCACUGAAAGAUCCUUCCUUUCGAAGAAAGACACGACUCGAGAGAGAGAAACAAAAACCCCUCGAUCCAUCCAUCGCCAGUUCCAGAGAUUCAAUCAUCGACGAGCUUUCCUCCGCCGAUUGUUGACUUUUUUCUGUUCAUCCGAUUACACGAUGAACGGAGGUCCCUCUGGUUUCAAUAAUGCUCCGGUCACGAGAGCCUUCGUCAUCACCAGCGCCCUCUUCACUGUCUUCUUCGGGAUCCGUGGAGGAGGAGGAGGAGGCUCUUCCAAGCUCGGUUUGUCUUACCAGGAUAUUUUCGAGAAGUUCAAGAUAUGGAAGCUAAUCAAAUCGAAUUUCGCCUUCUCCUCCACCCCUGAAUUGUUCUUUGGCGUCUAUCUGCUUUACUACUUCCGUGUCUUUGAGAGACAGAUUGGUUCCAAUAAGCACUCGGUUUUCAUCUUGUUCUCUGGGUUUGUAUCACUAAUUCUACAGACCAUUGUGUUAUCACUGUUCAAAGACCCUACAGCAAACCUACUGACAUCUGGACCAUACGCCCUCAUAUUUGCUUCCUUUGUACCCUUCUAUUUGGACAUUCCUGUCACAAAGAGGUUCAAUGUAUUUGGCGCUCACUUCUCUGAUAAAUCAUUCAUAUAUCUUGCUGGUGUCCAGCUUUUACUAUCAUCUUGGAAAAGAUCCAUGUUACCUGGAAUUUGCGGCAUAAUUGCUGGUUCAUUGUAUCGGUUGAACAUCUUUGGUAUCCGCAAGGCAAAGAUUCCAGAGUUCAUUGCUUCCUUCUUUUCCCGAAUGUCUUUGCCAUCCUCGCGCAGCCAUUCUCAAGCACCAACAAGGACAUCACCCAGCUUAGGUCGCCAAGCAGUGAGAUCAUAUCAAGCUCCGGUGCCGUCAAGUAUAGAGCCAUCUGAGGAAGCAAUAGCUACUCUGGUGUCCAUGGGAUUUGACCAGAACGCAGCUAGACAGGCCCUUGUACACGCCAGAAAUGAUGUCAAUGCAGCCACCAACAUUCUUCUUGAAUCCCACUCUCACUAGAACCUUUUCAUUAGGAAAAAAAAGAAAGAUUCCAUUCGAGAUGCCAGACGGGAGAGGUGUUCCUUCUUCUUCUGCUGCGUUCUAACAACUGAAGUGGCAUUUUACCUUGACGAUAUCGUGUCCAGAGAACAUAUCUGAUUUUGCAUUCUCCUUUUCUUUCUUUUUGCCGUUGUGUUUUAGGAGGACUACAUUUGUAGGUGGUGUCUAUGUAGUGCAGAUUUUGCCAGUCUUUUCUAAAGAUAUAUGGAGAGGCUAUUCUAUGA